AUGUCGUGGUAUGCCAAGACGAGAUUCUACCACAUCGCUGACUUGACCACCUGGCAGCUGUGCCCUUGCCCCAAGACCUAUGAAAAGGUCCAUCCUUUGUACAGACCGACUGCCAAACAGCUUUCUGUACUAUAUCCAAGCGUCAUAGAUUGGAUACCGUUUCCUUCAAUACGGGAGAAAUUGAUUCGUCUUCAUGCGGGGAACCCCCAAAUCGACCGAAUCUUCUGUGACGCCGUGAGCGCCUACGUGGUAGAGGCCUGCAUGUCCGACAUAGUAUCUGGUGCUGCCCCAUCUAGGGUGUAUCUAAGAGUGAACGAUUUGUUGACUGCUGGUGGUUGGGAUCAAGUCGAUGAGUGUGGCAGUUGGGCUGCUGCACUGCCAGUGCCCAAGGUCAAUGAUCUCUUUACCUCGCCCGGGUGUGCUCGAGCGGCGUUCCAAUACCUCAGUAUGGAUGGCGGUGCAUCAAGAUACAAGAUGGAUCCCGCAUUUUUUGGGAAAUACCCAGAGCUCUAUGAUGCAUCCACACCUGAUAUUCUAGCUCAAGGUAUACCUCUCAAGCCCGACAUACAGCCUACUUUGACCUACCCACAGCCGCUGGAUAUAUCAGUAUAUCAGAUCUACCGCAGCUUCAUUGGAUUCACAGUGUCGUCAAUCAGUGACAGACAAAACCGGGUCUAUGUUUCAACACACUCGUACCCACCAGCUAUGUAA